CUCUUAUAAAUAACCCUUAGAAAUACAAAAACUAAAUUAGAAUACAUCAAUUUUCAAACCUUAUUAUUCUCCCUCCUAUACUAUUUUGAGACACCCAACUUGCUUUAACAUACUUCUUGACCACGCAUAACGGGUCACGCUUCUAGAAAAACCCAGCACAUAAAUUACGUAUUCCCUCACAUCACCUUUCUCCCCCUUCCCCGCUCUCUUCUUCACCUUUCUCCAAGCAAUUUCCCCCAUUUCCUCGCGACAUCUUUUUGAAAAUUCCAUUUCUUCCUCACCAAGGCACCAUUCUUGACUAUUUUUUUGCUUUUUAGACCGAUAUAAACCACUUAUUUUACCCACAACAUAAACUAUCUGUCAUACGUUUCAGGGGAACAACAAUGAGGGAAGAAGAGCAACAAUCUAAUGUACCCAAAUUAGGGUUAAAUCAGCUUGAAGUAUUUGGCCCUGUUGGAAGAGGAGCUAAGGGUGUUGUGUUUCAUGUUAGAGUUUUAGAUUCUGGUGAAGAUUUGGCAUUAAAAGUUGUCUUGAAAUCUGCCAUUAAAAAGAAAAAUGAGGAUAAAGGAAAUGGGGUUGAUGUACACAAUAGGGUAUUUUUUGAACAGCGAGUUUUGAAGGAAUUUGAUCAUCCUCUUUUGCCUAAACUUAAAGGGGUUGUUGAAACAGAGAAUAUUUAUGGCUAUGCAAUUGAUUAUUGCCCAGGUGGUAAUCUUAAUUCCUUGAGGAUGAAACAAGUUGAAAAGAUGUUCUCUGAUGACGUUAUAAGAUUCUAUGGGGCUGAAAUGGUGUUAGCAUUGGAAUAUCUGCACAAACAAGGUAUUGUUUACAGAGAUUUGAAGCCGGACAAUAUGUUAAUUCAAGAAAAUGGGCACUUAAUGUUGGUAGAUUUUGAUCUAUCAACAAAACUCGUUCCAAAAUCGCCCAAAUCUCGAUCGAGCUUUGAAUCAAUUAAGAAGUCCGAGUCAGAAAGGAAGAAAACUCAGUUACCCAGAUUUUUAACCCUCUCUAAAUGCACUAAAUCAGCGAGUUCAUCGGUAUACUCAAUGAAAUCCAGUAAAACAGGGGACGAUUCAGGAAACUCGUUCGAGUCAGACUCAGUGGGGAAAUCAAACUCAUUUGUUGGAACAGAAGAGUACGUGGCACCAGAGAUCAUCCAAGGCAACGGUCACGAUUUCGCCGUGGAUUGGUGGAGCUACGGCGUCGUUUUAUACGAAAUGCUUUACGGGAAAACGCCAUUUAAGGGCACAAACAGGAAGGAAACAUUUUACAGAAUACUAUCAAAAUCACCUGAAUUAGUAGGUGAAACGACGCCGUUGAGAGAUUUAAUCAAGAACUUGUUAGAGAAAAAUCCAAAGCAGAGAAUAACAUUGGAAGAAAUAAAGGGUCAUGAUUUCUUUAAGGGAAUUGAUUGGGAUUUAAUCCUACGGCUACCAAGGCCUCCCUUUAUUCCAGUACAAGAAGAAAAGGGUGAGGGUGAGGCCCGUGAGGGAGUAGAAGGAAUCAAAGCAAUUGAUGUGGAGUCUGUUGCCUAUGGAAUUUUUAAUAAAGUAGGAAGUAAAAAUAAAUCAAGUGAAAAUAAUAAAAAUGAUGAGGAAAAUAAUAAUAAUAAUAAUAAUAAUAAUAAUAAUAAUAAUAAUAAUAAAAAGAGUAGUAGUUGUAAGGUGAAUGAAGAAAGCAUAAAGAAAGGUGUGUGGGUAGAAGGUUUGGAGCAACCUUCUGUGUCGGACAAUUUUUUGGUCUUCUAACUUCAUAUUCUUAGAUUCUUAACCAUUCUUUUGUAUACUUAUUAAUUAUAUACUUAUAUAUGUAGAAAAUUCAUUUUAUUACUUCAUUUUGAUUAUUUUUAAAACAUCAUCUUUUAUUCUUUAAAUUUCUAUUGAAUGGUCAUUGCGGAUAGCUUAUAGUUAUUGAUAUGAAUAUCCCGAUUCUUAUUUAAAAAGUUUUGUAUGAGACAAUUUUACCAUGAGAUAGGCCUCAUAAUUUAGCCUAACUUGCUAAUUAAUUACUUCGAAAUUGUGUUUGAUAACUUUGAAGUUAUAAACACUCACUCUAUGACUA